AUGUUCCGAAAGAACCCGUUGCUUGAUCGAAUCUUCGAAAUCCUUCGUGCCCAUGACGAAUCUGCUGUCGAUUCCGCCCUUUCCCGCUUCAAUUUGCAUCUCGCGGAAGCCUUAGUCCUCGACAAUUAUAUGAAACGGAGGUAUGUGCAUAAAGUUAGAUUUUACAACACUUUGGUGAUUGGGUAUGCUGUUGCGGGCAAAUCUGAGGUUGCACUGGAGCUGUUCGGUAGAAUGAGGUUCCAGGGCAUGGACUUGGACACAUUUGCAUACCAUGUGCUGUUGAAUUCACUAGUCGAGGAGGGCUAUUUUGACGUGGUGGAAAUGGUGGCAAAGCAGAUUAGAGUCCAGGAAAUUCAGAAUGAGGUAACAAAUUCGAUUAUGAUGAAGAGUUUCUGUAAGCAGAAUGAGUUAGAGAGGGCUGAAAACUAUCUACGAGGUCUGGUGGGAGAUAAUGGGAUGGGACUGAGUCGGGCUGCGGGCGUGGACUUGGACACAUUUGCAUACCAUGUGCUGUUGAAUUCACUAGUCGAGGAGGGCUAUUUUGACGUGGUGGAAAUGGUGGCAAAGCGGAUUAGAGUCCAGGCAAUUCAGAAUGAGGUAACAAAUUCGAUUAUGAUGAAGAGUUACUGUAAGCAGACUGAGUUAGAGAGGGCUGAAAACUAUCUACGAGGUAAUCAGUUUGAGAAAGCUGCAUUAUUGGUGGGAGAUAUUGGGAUGGGACUGAUGCGGGCUGCGGUUGGUAUUUUUGUGGAUGCUGUGUGCAAGGAUUAUCAGUUUGAGAAAGCUGCAUUAUUGAUUGAGGAGUUCCAUAAAAUGAAUUUGGUUUCAAUGGAGUAUGCAUACAGCGUGUGGAUUAGGGACCUUGUUAAUGCUGGGAAGUUGGAUGGGGCAUUGGAGUUUUUGAAGGAUAAACAGUCAGUCGAGGGUUAUGUUCCUGAUUUUUUCGUUGUAACUCAUUGA